CGCCACAUAAUUUGGCAAUGAAAAUGAUCAACCUACAGCGGGCUGAAUUGAAAGACACCCCAAAAAUGAAGUGAAGAAUGAUGUGGCGGGCUGGUCCAUUUUGCCAGGGCCUCACUGAGCUCCUGGACAGUCUGAGGUUUAACCUGGCAGUGUCAGGUGGACUGAAACAUAAUGUCCCAGAGAUGUUCUAUUUGAUUUAGGUCAGGCUCCAGGAACUGCCUACAUGAGGUCGGGCAUUGUCGUGCACCAGGAGGAACCCAUGUCCCACUGCACCAGCGUAGGGUCUGACAAUGGGUCCAAGGAUGUCAUCUCUAUGGAUAUGCCUCCCCAGAGCAUCACCAAACCGGUCAUGACGAACGAUGUUACAGGCAGCAUAACGUUCUCCGAGGCUUCUCCAGACCCUUUCACGUCUGUCACAUGUGCUCAGGGUGAACCGGAGGCCAUGGUGUUCUUGGAAUUAAAGGCCUUACCUUCUCUCCUCCAAACACAUUUCUGGUCAUUGUGCCAAAACAGCUACAUUUUUGUUUCAUCUGACCCCAGAACUUUCCUCUAGAAGGCCUUUUUCUUUUAUGAUCAGCAGCAAAUUUCAGUCAAGCCUUUAUUUGUCGCUUCUGGAGUAUGGUGAUGUAAAACCCGUAAUAAAUUCAUAAAAUAACCAAACUUCAUUUUGUAACAAAGAAGUACUUUGAAGUACAAAGGAGUUGUAGAAAUGAUUGGAAACUCAAGACCGCCAUGACAUACAUGUUCUUUACAAGUGUAUGUAAACUUUUGACCACAAUUGUAUUUUGUUGUAAGUACCAGAUAAUGACUUUUAAAAAUACACUAAAGAUGAUUUACCUGCAGUAAACUCAUCCUCUUCGCCAUGAAGUCUUCAAAUAUCUGUGGUAUUUACUACACCUCCUGUUUUCUCUAAGUCGGUCUCUUCUAGACAUGCAGUGUGUCACCUGCGCAUCCAUAUCUGGAAAGGGUAGAGCAGCGUCGCAUUGCCACGAUCAAACGCACAAUGAGGAACUACAACCUGAUAACAGUUUUACUUCUCAGCCUCAGCUGGAUCUGUAUCUCUUCUGAGUCUCAGAUUGUGGGUGUUCUGCACAGUGAAGAAGUCACUCUCCUGUGCUCCAAAUUUUCCAGUUCUGCAACUCAGAUCUACUGGUUCAGAGUGGUCAAAAAAUCCAUGCCUCGCUGUGUCUCCUUUAUGUUCGAGCCCCUCGAGCCUGCCUCGUUCUGCGAUGGAUUUGACAAUGAAACAUUUGAAAUGACAUCCAAUCCCUCAACUGUUUCUCUCAAAAUCAAAGAACUGAAUUCAUCUGACUCUGGACUGUAUUUCUGUGAAUAUAAGAUAACAAGAAAAAUCGUCAUUGUCAAUGCAACAUUUUUAGAGGUUCGAGAAGCGUUUGACAGAAGUUCAAAGCUGCUGAGUUACAUCCUGUGUGGUGUGGUUAUCUUCCUCCUGGUGAUCAUCAUCUUUCCGGUGAAAAUGCUUCAGAAAGCUCAUGUCGCAGACCAGAAUCCACAACAGAGUCAAGGGUCAAAUGAUCUGAACUAUGCAGCGGUCACGUUUCGUCUGGCUGAAGGAAACCAGCGGCCUGCAGCACAGAGAGAAGUGGAGCCAAAUGUGAUUUAUUCAGCCACCAGAUAA